AGGAAUUUCCCCUUUGUUCUCAACAGCUUUUAUGUGAAUAAUCUAAAUCUUCUUUGAGGACGGAUUCAGAGGGAGGACUUAUUGGAACAAAUGGCAGCGCCAUCUACAGGCCAUGCAGUGACAAUAACUGUUGGAACUGUGUGGGAGCUUCACCUGACCAAUCCACCACCAAGAACCCCAAGACUCGAGUCAGUUGUAACUGCAGUAAUAUGGAUUGCCCUUACUGUGGCCCGAGGGAUCUUCGGAGUGCUGUAUUUCUGGGACUGCCCUCAGCAGCCGUACAUCCCCAAAUUUCUAUUGGGGAUGUUUUUUUUCUCCCUGAUGAUUUUGUUGGGGAUAAUUCCUUUGGCGAAUGAUGCUGCUCGACCACGACAGCAUCCCAGAGGUUUCAAAGUCUAUUUGCAGUGCUUCUCAGGCCUGUUUAUCAUCAUUUGGAUCCUGCUAGGUGAUGUGUGGGUUUUCUCUGUCUAUCAGCCAAACUACGACCCCUCAGCUGCUGAUGGUCUUUACUGUAAUAAAUCGCUGUACACGUUUGCCUUCUGGAACGCUCUAUUUGAGACGCUUGCAUUUGUCGUCCUCCUGGCCCGACUCUGCAAAGGAUUGCUAUGCUAUGUGAAUAUGAGUCCAGUAGACACUGAUUUCUACAGGAAUGUCUGAUGGACUGCAUGAAUACUUGUCAAAUUUGUGUAAGGUUUUAUUUACAUAUAUGCACAGGUGGUUAAUCCAGGUCUAGAAUGUAGAAACUCUGCCUAGUUUUCCUUCAUCAUAGUCCUAAUAAGCAGGUGAUUAGCCUCCAGUCUGUUGUAUGGAACUGAAAAUGCAAGAUGUUGGAACUAACCUCUAUAGAGGCAUUUUACUUUCUGGACCUGGAUUAACCACCUCUGAUAGUCUGCAUGUGCUAUAGCAAAACGCUGUGAUUCAUUAUCUAAAGCAAGUAAAUGAUUAAUACUCUUAAUUCUAUUUGGAGGAACACAAUUGGAACA